CAUUUGCGAUGCGCUUACUUCUAUUGCUCGUUAUGUUACAGAGCGCGUUUGUAACUAGUCUGGUGACAGAUGGCCAUCGCUGCGGACAACGCCCAGUCAACGCGAUUGCAGUGAUCACAGCAGGUCAAACGACUCGAUCCGGAGAGUUUCCCUGGCAUGCUGCAAUCUACCUUGUGGAACGACUCAGAAGUUCGUACAUAUGUGGAGGAUUUCUGAUCAGUGACCGUAUCACGAUUACGGCAGCACACUGCGUUACAAAUCACAAUGGAUUUGAACUGUCUCCGUCUGGACUGUCGGUGCGUCUGGGGAUGUUCGAGCUACUUACGUUGAGUAAAACUACGCAAGAACAUCGAGUGGAAAAGAUCCACCGGCACGGCAACUACUCGGCCAGUUCCCAUCGGCAUGACAUUGCGGUGCUACUUUUGCAUACAGUAGCUGAGUUCAAUGAGCAUGUUCAACCGAUUUGUCUUUGGAAUAACAAGGAACACGGUGAAGGUGAAGCACUUGUAGGAGCUGUUGCCGGAUGGGGUUUAACGGAAAACGACACGCUGGCAAGCACUCUGAAAGCGACGAAAAUACCCAUGGUUAGUUUCCUGGAAUGUCUGGAUAGUGACAGAAAUUUAUUCUCGCAUGUUCUCUUCGAUGGAAUGUUCUGUGCUGGUUUGAGAAACGGGACGAAUGUCUGCAACGGAGAUAGUGGGGGCGCUUUCGCAGUGCUGGUGAACGAGACGUGGUUUGCACGAGGCGUCGUUUCCUUCACUGGGCUGAGAGAAAACACUGCUUCAUUAUGUAAUCCCCGUAGUUUUGCUGGGUUUGUCAGCAUUCCUCGGUAUGUGGAAUGGAUAGAAAAAGUUACAGAUUUGAAUCGAUUCAUCGUUGAACCUACGAAUCCACUGGAACAUAUAAUUCCAAGCAGCACCGAAACGCCGGCAGAGACAUUCCAAAGCAUUAGCGAGAAAAAAUGUGCAGAACAUAAAAACGGCUUCCAGGAUUUGUCCCACUUUGCGUAUGUUGCGAGGGGCGCUCCAUUCAUGCGUGUGAUUGAUUGUUUCGCUAUAUUGAUAAGUGAACGCUUUCUAAUCUCAACGGCAGACUGUCGCUCACGGAAUAUUCUCGAUAAAAGUUCAGACAGAGGAAAUGAACAAUUCGUUGUUGUCGAGAGCGAAGGUCAGGCACUUCCGUACGAGAUAAAAGAUUUCCAUCAACAUCCAGAGUUUUAUCGCAGUACGACCGACGAUAACAAUCUUGCUAUAAUUGAGCUGAAGCAGAACGUAUCGAUACCCAGCGGUCAGUUCGUUUGUCUGUGGAGUGAGGAAAUCUUCGAUUGGGACAAAUUACUAUUAUAUUCGGCAACCGGCUCAUCGAAACUUACAGGUGAACCAGAGUUCAAAUGUUUUAAUCAACUGCUAGCUCCAUCAAUUAUGAUACAAAGUCCGGCAAAUGGAAUGAAUUAUUUAGUGGGACUCGUUGUUGGUAGCACAUGCACGAAAAUUCGAUUUAUUAAAAUACCAAAAUUUAUUCCGUGGAUCGAGACCAUUGUGUGGAAGUGAACAGAUCCAGGGUUAUUGAGAUGCUAUCUUGUUUCAACUUUAUUGUUUGAACUCAUAAUGUUAAUAAAAUUAAAAGGAUUU